CCGCGGUCGAUUAUGUGCAUCUGUCAGGAGAGCAUAAAUAUUCGUCCAAUUAAGAUUUUUUACCCUAAAUGCCCAGCUUGCCUAAUGAAGAAACACGAUAAGACCGUGUUCGGGAUCUAUCCGGUUUCGGCCGCGUGUGGAUUGAGCAUUUAGAAAGUUAACGUUAGCGUUAUUCGUUUAGCUUUUCGACGGACUUUGGGGUUUGUUUUUGUAAAAAGCUUAGGUAGCAAAACGCGUGGCCUUGUUUCUCAUUCAAAAUGGUUCAGGGGGUUCAGUUACCCGUGUGCCUGAUAUGUGGUUUGUAUUCACAGGAUAUCCAGAAGCAUCGUCAGGGUUUUCCGUCCUCCCUGAAGUUGUCUAACGGUUACAUUUUACCUGAGGGGAAAAUGACGCCCAACACACUGUUCGUCGGCGGUAUUGAUAUGAAGGUGGAUGAGAACGAGAUCAGGGAAUUCUUUGCCAAGUAUGGCUCAGUGAAAGAAGUUAAAAUCAUCACUUAUCGAGGAGGAAUUUGCAAAGGAUAUGGUUUCGUUUAUUUCAGUGAGGAUGUUGAUAUCCAGACUAUCGUUGAUCAGCCGAUCAGUUUUAAAGGGAAAAAACUCAAACUGGGACCUGCAAUCAUGAAAGAGCGAAGUUCUCGGUCAGUGUCAUCUCCAAUGAUUGGUCCAUCACAGUGGGUAAACCCCCCCCCAUAUAUGUACUGCAGCUGCUGUCCUCCAGGCCUGGCCCCACCAUCACCUGUAUUUAGUGGAGGAAAUCAGUACAUGCAGCCUUAUUCUUACUCCAGUCCUCCAGGAAUUAUGGUUCCACAGGUGCCAAUGAACUAUGCACAGACCACGUAUGCCUAUCAGUAUCCCCUGCCACAGUGGUGUGGAGAGCAAAGGACGAGGCUUGUCAAUCAGAAUUUUGUGGAUUGUGGAGUGCAGACUUUGCUAACCCUUAUGUAGCCUUCACUACUAGCACAGACUUCUUGAUGCCCAAAGAAGCACGGGAGAGCAACUUGGAGCAGUGGACUUCAUUGGCUGUGUGUUUUCACACACCGUUGCAGAUAGGGUCUGCAUGAGUGUGAUGUGAAGGUGUAUUUUGAGGGAACAACAUUAUGACGGGAUGAAUAUACUUUAACCUCACAUCCACUGACUUUUGACAAGCUUUGUUUGCUUUUUUUUUUUUUUUUUCCCUCAUUUAUUUGUAAUGUCUGUGUUUUCCUUUCUGCGUCAUGGCCAACUAACUUUAAAGACACUUUUAAGCUCACGAAUGUGUAUUUAUAUUUUAUUUGUUUCAUUAUUUUAAAGUUUGACUCAUUGUUAGUAAUGCACCAUAUGCAUUUAGGUAACUGUUCGAUUGCGUUCAGUGUGUUUUCAAGCAAUGUUCAGUUUGCUUGUUCAAGCGAGUGUUCACCUUUUAUAGUAGUUUGAUUUUGGGGUUUUCACAAGGGCACAUGUUCAAACUUUUUUGAUUUGGUUGUUAAACACUAGGGUACAGUGGCUCCCCCUCCUUUUUUAUUGAUUUAUGUUUAUACAUCUGCUUGCUACAUCGGUUAUCACUGUACUUUUUUCUUUUUUCUUUCUUAAGCUGGUUUUCUUGUCAGCGCAGUUAUUAGGUGUAAAUAAAAUGAUUGCAUUAAUUCAAAAUUGAAAAUAAAAUUUUCUACUCUGCCCGUAAGUCACAGCAGGUCACAGGAUGACUGACCUGUUUUAAAUUAAAGCGAUGAUGGAAUAUUGAUAUCACUGUGAACACAGUCAUGCUGCAUUUUUCGGUUUUCCAGCACUUUUUCACACCAGUUCAUUUUGUUGUUUGACUGUUUGUUUUUAAAUUGUGGUUUUAAUAGUUUACUAAGAGUUAUGGGGUGUUUUACUAAACACAAAGCACUGUUAUCUUUGUACAUAGUGUUGCAACACUUUUUGUUCUUAUGGGGGACACAUUCAUCAGAUUCUUUUAAAACCCAAUUCUGACAGACUUGUAUUGAAAUUUCUCUUUUAUUUCCUCAUUUCCCAUCGGCUCAUGGGAGUUGUGGUUUCUAUUGUGCCUUGCUAUGAGAGCUGCUUCUAAUCACUGUACUCUGGGUUUUGCCCGUGUAUAUAUGUUUUGGAUUUUGAUGUUGGCAUUGUACGAUGUUGCUGUUUUUGUUAAUAAUAAAAAAUAAAGUUUAAUUAAUUUGG